AUGGCGGCGGGGUCCGGGAUGAGGUCGGCGACGACGGACAACGUGGGACGUCGUGCGGACGAGCGUGUCAGCACCGUCACCCGAGCAGCCAAAGCAGCGUCGGCGCCCGGGCAGCAAGGCCCGAGCGACCAACGGAGCAGCUGCGCUCGAGUUCAGGCAUCCGACGAGCAUGACGCAGCCGUCCCGACGCAGCCGAGGACGAGGCCGGCGAGGAAACAAAGAGGAGGCGGAGGGUGCAAGCUUCUAGAACCAGCAGGCCGCCGGUGGGAGACCAGCCGCUGCCUCCGCCGCGCAGCCUACGCCUACGGCGUCACCCUCUUCUCCUACCUGGUCGUGUUUGGCAACUCCCGCUGGCCCGCUCCUGACCGUUGUUCUCGCGUUCCCAUCGCCCAGUACAUCAAGGGCUUCAGGACAUGCAAAAAAAUGACUUGGGUGCUGAUUUUGUUGCAGAAUGUUGCUGUGGAGCCAUCAAUUUUCCUUGAUGAUGAUAUGCAAAAUGUUGCGCACGAAGAAGAAGAUGAUGGAAUUGAUCUGAAUGGUACUCCGGGAAAUGAUAGUGACGAUUCGUUGCAGCUGAACAUGAAUGGUGUAGCUCCAAAUCAUGGCAAUGCCGGUGUGGCUAGUGACAAUGCCAAUGGAAAUGCUGCAACACUUGUUGACGAAUCAGAUGAAGAUAUAUCAUCACAGCCAGUUGUCCCUUUUCUUGGAAUGGUUUUUGACAAUGUUGAAGAAGCUCAGCGUGUUUACAAUGAAUAUGCCUCGAAGAUAGGCUUUGGAACUCGCAUUGUGACAUCAAAGCAUAGUAGGAAAAAUAGCUCGGAGCAGAAGCGCAUUCUAAUCUAUAGAGUUUUUGAGUGCGUACACUCACGGAAAAAUCCUUCGAAGAAUGUUGAUGGUAGCAUUUCUGACGGGGCUGCAACAAAUCAGUGUGAAGAUGUUGAUAUGAGCUAUUCUAGUAACAAAAAAUCUGCAAGCAAACAAGCUGGCAUCUAUAUGGAUGUGAGCGACAAGAGGAAAAGAAACCGGUUGGAGCGGUAUGAUUGCAAGGCUCGUAUGGGUGUUAACCUCAAAGACGGUAGCUGGGUUGUGACAGUUUUUGAGGCCGAUCACACACACCAGCUGAUUUUGCAAAGGGGGCGUCGGAGAUUUUGCCGCUCUCACAAAAAGAUCCCGGAUGUAGACAUGCAGUACAUCACUUCACUGCACUAUCGCAACAUAUCAACGGCUAAUAUGAUGGGCUUGCUUGGAGAUGCACGGUGUUGCGAUCCAAGGAGUUUGCCGUACGUGAAGACUGAUGUGACAAAUGCAAGAGCAAAGCUGCGAAGGGGCCUGUCAGAGCGUGAUUUGGAGCUGACAAUCGAGUACUUUGAGAGAAGACAAGUGGAGAAUCCCAACUUCUUUUUCUCGAAGCUAGAAGAAGAUGGAGCUGUUAGGGCGCUUUUCUGGGUUGAUGGGAGAACAAGGGCCUUGUAUCCAAAGUACAAAGAUUGUGUGUUUUUCGACACCACAUUCUGCACAAAUCGCUACAACUUGCCCUUUGCUCCGAUUGUUGGCAUUAACAACCACACACAUACGGUUUGCUUGGGGUGCGCUUUGUUGCCUGAUGAGACCAUCAAAACUUUCAAGUGGGUCUUCCAGCAAUGGAUGUUGGCAAUGAAUAACGAGCAUCCGUUGAACAUUAUGACUGAUCAAGACCAGGCAAUGGCUAAAGCCAUCUCAAUGCUAUUUCCAGAUUCAACACACAGAUGUUGCAAGUGGCACGUCUUCCGGGUUGCAAGGACGAAACUAGGGAAGAUGCUGGGCAAGGAUGAGCCUUUUGCUGAAGCAUUCUAUGGUUGCAUCAAUGAUUCAAAUAUCGUUGAGGAGUUUGAAGAACGGUGGAAGCAGAUGGUCGAGUUAUUUGGUGUGGCUGAUAAGAAAAACCUCAAGAACAUGUGGGACAGCAGGGAGAUGUGGGCUCCUGUGUACUUUAGGAAUAAGUUCUUCCCAUUCACAGGAACAACCGGGCGGUCCGAGGGCCUGAAUUCCUACUUCAAGACUUUAAAUCAUCAUGGAGACUUGGUUUGGACAUUUGUCCAGCAGUUUGAGCUUUGCCAGGAGCUAAUGCUUGAUCGUGAAGACAAUGAUGGCUUCAUCAAUGAAGCGACGAGGCCGCCACUCUGGGGAAAUUACAACAUUGAAAAGCAAGCUGCAGAUUUCUAUACCAGAGAGGUAUUUUCCAAGUUUCAAAAACUGUUGGCUAAAUCAACAGGCUAUGGUCUGCAAUAUCAGUUGCAAGAGGAUGUCAUCUGGUUUCGCAUUGUUGCAAAUUAUGGCGUAAACCCUAAAGUGUACACGGUGCGUGUUGCCCCUAAAGAUCAGACAUACAUGUGCACCUGCAACAUGUUUGAGAUGUGUGGGCUGAUCUGCCCACAUAUCAUCCGUGUCAUGGUACACCUGAACGUGCAAACGAUACCUGCGACUUACAUGCUUCCUGCGAAAGCUCCGGGCGUCGAAACAAUCCUUACACUCGCAGCAAGAAAAGCUGCAAGGAGUUGGCAAUCCUUCACGUUGUGA